UUACAUGAGAAGGCUAAGGACGUUAUCAGGUUGCACACAACAGCAGCAGCAGCAGCAGGAACAGGAGCAGAGAUAGUUCGUGAGAGAAAUAAAUUAGUGAAAUAAUAGUUUAAACUACAAAAAAAAAAGGAAAUAUGUAAAAAUUAUUGCACUUAAAGCGAUUGGCAAAAAAUGUGGUAAAAAAAAAAAUAGUGUAUAAAAAAAGUAACAUCAAAUGGCCAAAAUUCAGGAAAAUUAACAAUGAAAACUCUGGAGCAAUGUAAAAAGCAAGAGCAGAACAUCAACAACAACAACAACAGCACCAACAAAACGUACGAAAAUUGUCCAAAAUGCCCGAUGAAGCCAGCUGAACCUGGAAUAGAGAGUAGACGCCCCCUAAGACUAUAGUGGAGAGAUAAGGAAUCUGGCAAAACUUUUUAUUAAUACGCACGCACACGCACACCCACACACACACACAUACAUACAUACAUCAAGGGUAGAUCAUAAUGCGACGUCCAAAAAUUUCGUUAAAAAAAUAUUUCUACUUUACAUUGAUCUGUGCUUUGUUGUUCAUCUUUGGUUUCAAUCUCAAGGAAUAUGAAAUAUGGAAAACGAAAAAUUCCAGUCGACCUACUUUGGGUAUCAAUCAACAACAGCAGCAGCAACAACAACAACAACAAUUGCAGCAGCAGCAGCAACAGCAACAACAACAACUCCCCCAAUUGCCAGCUAUCGUAGAAGAGGAAGAUUUUGAUAAUGACAUUGCCGAUGGACAGGCCGAUCGAUCUUUAGAUUCAACUUUAACAACCUCUGGCCAAGCAUCAGCCGUUGGUGCCGCUGCUGCUGCUGCUGCGGGUGAUGCUGAUGCUGCAUCACCAGCCAUUGUGGCACCACCCAAUGAGGAACCAAUUGAGGUGGAAGAAUUCGAGAAUCCCGAUAUCGGUCCUGGUCAUCGACGCGAUAAUGGGAUUGCAGCCACAGCCAAACCGUGGUUCUUUCGGAAUGGUGAAUACUAUCCGAAACCGGUUAAAACUUAUAGCACUCGCAAGGCACGCAAACGGCAUGCCCCAAAACUAUUUCCAUAUCAGGAUCCACAUAGUGAUCGCAUUGUCAAUCAAUUGAUGUAUGUACCGCACAAUUAUCCAGAGAUCAAGGCUAGUGGAAAACUGAAAACGAUUCUACUGUAUAAUGGUCUGGGCCCAUGGAAUGUGAAAAAGGGCCGUGAAGUCUUCCUGAGAGCCAAGUGUCCCGUCGACACAUGCGAACUGACUGCAAAUCGAGAUUUAGCCAGCACAGCGGAUAUGAUAUUAUAUAAAGAUCAUUAUAUACCCACAGGCAUACGUAGGCCAAGUAAUCGGAAACAGGUCAGUAUGCUAUACUAUCUGGAAUGUCCAUAUCAUACACAAAAUGUCAAAGUGCCAGAUGCCCUCAAUUGGACGGCAACCUAUAGACGAGACAGCACCAUAGUGGCUCCAUAUGAGAAAUGGCAAUAUUAUGAUAAUAAGGUCCAACAAUUGGAGCAAGAUCAAAAUUUUGCCAUCAACAAGACCAAAAAGGUUGCCUGGUUUGUCUCCAAUUGUGGAGCACGCAACGGUAGACUUCAAUAUGCCCAUGAGCUCCAGAAGCACAUAGAGGUGGAUAUCUAUGGAGCUUGCGGCAAUUUUAAAUGUUCCCGCAGUAAUGCUGACAAAUGUUUCGAAAUUCUCGAUAAUGAUUACAAAUUCUAUUUGGCAUUUGAGAAUUCCAAUUGCAAGGAUUAUAUAACCGAGAAAUUCUUUGUGAAUGCAUUAAAUCGAAAAGUUUUACCCAUUGUGAUGGGCGCUCGUCCCGAGGACUAUGAAGUGAGUGCACCACGACGAUCCUAUAUACAUGUCGAUGAAUUCGAAUCACCCAAAGAGUUGGCCGAAUAUUUGCAUAUACUUGAUCGCGAUGAUGAGCUAUACAAUUCAUAUUUUAAAUGGAAGGGUACGGGUGAGUUCAUCAAUACGUACUAUUGGUGCCGUGUAUGCAGCACCCUUCACAAUGAGGAGCAAUUCAGUAAGAGUAAGUCACAUUGGUAUACCGAUCUCAAUGAUUGGUGGCGUGGUGUGGGCGUCUGUACCACCGGAUCAUGGAGGAAUUUCAAGGCACGCAAAGAUGUGAUCAGCGAUGAUUGAGAUCCACUUAUGAUGAUACAAAUUGUGGGCAUUGGCAUAACAUAAUCAAAGUUUUUCAAUAAAUGUGUUUGUUAUUAGA